UUACUGUAAGGCGUUUUAAAGUUACGCCCGUACCAUUAAAGACAUACAGAAUUAAAAUCCACAACCAACGUUUUAAAAAGAAUUACUCCGAAAUAAAACGGAGUCUCCUGAAAGUAGGCUCUUUUCCUGGGUAGUUUAUAUGAAAGACUGAGCGAUAAUACAAUAAUAAAAAUUUAAAGUAAAAGGCCAAAUAUGCUUAAACUUAUCUCACCUAAAAUAAAUCUACGGAGUAAGGUUUAAGCCCACGGUCAUGCUCUGCGAAGAGUGGGCGUUACCAGGACUGUUUAAAAGAGAAGCCACAAACAUGUUGCCUUUGAGUUCUUGCCGACUCCAAAAGUUGUACUUUGUAGCCACAUCGAUUGGGAUGCUGAACCUUGGGUUUUAAGAUUCCUUAAAAGAUCGUUGAUGAUGCUAACUAACUUUGGUGCUCCUUCUAGCUUAAACCAGGAGGCUCAGCCUUUCCUGGUCUUGAUAAGAAUUGGUGGGUGUCAGCGGAAAAGGGUUCAGCUUUCCCGAGGCUGGCACAGAUGAGCCAGACGGCGGCGCUUUUCUGUCCGAGAUUUUCCGACCUUGUAAGGAAGUGGGCGCGGGCUGAGCGGAGUCGGACUUUCUGGUUGGUGAGCCGUCUUGGUGAUGGACAGCUCAGUAGGCUCCGCCCCUGCCGCUUUAUUGACACUAAUGAGCAAGUUCUUCCCACCGCUCUCCUGCCUGGAAGUGCUGACAGAUCAAGGCAACAAAUUUCAAUUACAAUCCCUAAUUUGUGUCCGCAGAGUGUUUUUUUUUUUUUCUCUUUUUCCCCCCGUGUUAGUCCUCUUUGGCGCAUCAGUUGAGGCAGAUCUUGGAGCAGCAGGAGGAGGUGGAGGGGUUGGGAGUAAAGAAGUACCUCAGUGAGCUCAAGUCAGAGACAGAGGGAAGGAAACUUGGCGGCCGCAUUCCUACUUCCUCGGAUCCCAACGCCAGAGAGAAAGAGGAAACGGCAAAUUUGUUUCUGCCCGCAGCGGGGAAGGGAGCAGAUCUCGGGAGGCAUCGGGAGCUGCGGAGCUUUUGGCGGGGCCAGGAGGGCGAGCGCUUGCAUGCGCCCCAGCCUCGGGUAUAUGAGAGAGGGGCGGACGGGCGCGGGGCGGUGGGGAUGGCCGAGAAGCGGAGAGGCUCGCCGUGCAGCAUGCUAAGCCUCAAGGCGCACGCCUUCUCCGUGGAGGCUCUGAUCGGCGCGGAGAAGCAGCAACAGCUGCAAAAGAAGCGGAGAAAGCUGGCCACGGAAGAGGCGGCCGGGGCGGCGGACGACGCGAGUUGUAGCCGCGGCGGAGGCGCGGGCGAGCAGGGCUGCUCCGAGGCCGACGAAGACGCAGCUCCCCCGCCACCGCCAACGGGGCCGGCCUCCGGGCCGGCGCGGAACUGCGCGGACGUGGAGCGAAGCUGCGGCUCCCGCGGAGCGGCGGGCAGCUGUGAGGACGGCUUCUUGCAGGGCGCCUCCCCGAUGGUGUCCCCGAGAGAUUCUCCGAAGGGCUCUCCCGUACCUGGCCUGGCCCGGCCUGGGACUCCGCUGCCGGCGCCGCAGGCCCCGAGGGUGGAUCUGCAAGGAGCGGAGCUCUGGAAGCGCUUUCAUGAAAUAGGCACAGAGAUGAUUAUCACCAAAGCCGGCAGGCGCAUGUUUCCAGCAAUGCGAGUGAAAAUCUCUGGAUUAGAUCCUCACCAGCAAUAUUACAUAGCCAUGGAUAUUGUGCCAGUGGACAACAAAAGAUACAGGUAUGUUUACCACAGCUCUAAGUGGAUGGUGGCAGGUAAUGCUGAUUCGCCUGUGCCACCCAGAGUAUAUAUUCAUCCAGACUCACCUGCCUCUGGGGAGACUUGGAUGCGACAAGUGAUCAGCUUUGACAAGCUCAAGCUUACCAACAAUGAACUGGAUGACCAAGGCCAUAUUAUUCUUCAUUCUAUGCACAAAUACCAACCGAGAGUGCACGUGAUUCGUAAAGACUGUGGGGACGAUCUGUCCCCUGUCAAGCCUGUUCCGUCAGGAGAGGGAGUGAAGGCAUUCUCCUUUCCAGAAACUGUUUUCACGACUGUCACUGCCUAUCAGAAUCAGCAGAUUACUCGCCUGAAGAUAGACAGGAAUCCAUUUGCCAAAGGUUUCCGAGACUCUGGGAGGAACAGAAUGGGCUUGGAAGCCCUGGUGGAGUCAUACGCAUUCUGGAGACCGUCCCUACGGACUCUCACCUUUGAAGAUAUCCCUGGGAUUCCAAAGCAAGGAAACACAAGUUCUUCCGCUCUUCUCCAAGGUACUGGAAAUGGUGUUCCUGCCACACACCCUCACCUGCUGUCUGGCUCUUCUUGUUCCUCGCCUGCCUUCCACCUGGGGCCGAACACCAGCCAGCUGUGUACUCUGGCUCCAGCUGACUACUCUGCCUGCGCCCGUUCGGGCCUCGCCCUCAACCGCUACAGCACGUCCUUGGCAGAGACCUACAACAGACUUACCAACCAGAGCAGCGAGACCUUCGCUCCACCCAGGACUCCAUCCUACGUGGGUGUGAGCGGCAGCCCCUCUGUGAACAUGGCCAUGGGUGGCGCCGACGGGGACACCUUCAGCUGCCCGCAGACCAGCCUAUCCAUGCAGAUUUCAGGGAUGUCCCCUCAACUCCAGUAUAUCAUGCCGUCGCCAUCCAGCAACGCCUUUGCUGCUAACCAGACCCAUCAGGGGUCCUACAACACUUUCCGGUUACACAGUCCCUGCGCCUUGUAUGGCUACAACUUCUCCACAUCCCCCAAACUGGCUGCCAGUCCUGAGAAAAUUGUCUCUUCCCAAGGAAGUUUCUUGGGGUCCUCACCAAGUGGGACCAUGACCGACCGGCAGAUGCUGCCCCCUGUGGAAGGAGUGCACCUGCUGAGCAGUGGGAGCCAGCAGAGUUUCUUUGACUCCAGGACCCUAGGAAGCUUAACUCUCUCAUCUUCUCAAGUGUCUGCACACAUGGUCUGAUGAAGCCUUUAAGUUAAACUAUAUUUGAAUCUAAUGGAUUGUUCUUUUUGUUUUUAAGCAU